AUGCCGGGCCCCACGAAUACGUUAUUGAUCGAAGGGACGUUUUCCGAGCUCGCAGAAGAAUUCGCACAGUACCUGGAUGCCUUGUCCAAAGCCGAAGAAGGCGCCGGCGUGCAAGCAGAAAUCGCAGACCCGUUGAACAUCAUCCGAGAGGCCGAGCAGGGAGAAGAAGCAGUCGAGGCAUCCACGAUCCAGCCGCAGAAAGAUGAGGUGUUGAAAAAGCUGGUUACCAAGGCCUCGAUCCUCAACUCGGCGCCCGAACGAGAAUUCACGCCAGCAUAUAACCUCCUGAUCAGCCUCUCCCUGCAAUCUCCGAUCUACGAACAGUUUUUUGCGCGGAUAUGCCAAUACCUCAGCGAGCAGCCGGUGACCUCGUCGGCGGUCUACGGUGCCUCGCUCGCCCUGCAGAGCCUGACGACCGUGUUCAACGUUCUCCCACCGACUAGCGAAGCGCGAUACCACGUGUUCCUGGCCAUCCUGAAGGUCAUCAAGGCGACAUCCUCGUCACAGGCGUUUGAGGCUUUAAUACCACAACUGGAAACCAACAUCCCAGAAUGGCUGGCGGCGUGGCAACUCGACGAUGAAGACGCGCGCAGCCUGUACACCGCGGUGGCCGACGUGGCUGCGGUGAGCGGCAACGACGAUCUCUCGUACGCCUACCUCAUGAAAGCACUGGAGACGAUCCCACCCGAGAGCGCCGCGGACGGCGAGGCGCAAGAGCUAGCGAAGCGCACGCUGCGUCUGGCCCUGACGAACCCGUCCGUGACCGACUUCACGGCCUUGACGGCCAACGACGCGAUCCAAGCCAUCCGCCGCGCCGACAGCAACUUGUUCGACCUGCUCGAGAUCUUCUCGUCCGACGACUAUUCGUCGUACAUCGACUUCCUGGAGACGAACGAGCUGUCGUCGUUGGGCAUUCAGGAAGAGAGCGGCGACGUGCUCAGCACCAAGAUCCGACUGUUGACUCUGGCCAGCAUCGCCGCGACUUCGCAGACCCGCUCGGUCUCGUACUCGACCAUCGCCUCGGCCCUGCAGGUCCCCAGUGAGGACGUGGAGAUGUGGGUGAUCGACACGAUCCGCGCCGGUCUGGUCGAGGGCAAGCUGAGCCAGCUAAAGCAGGAGUUCCUCGUCCAGCGCGCCACCUACCGCGUCUUCGGCGAGAAGCAGUGGACCGAGAUCCAGGGCCGCCUGCUCGUCUGGCGUCGGAGUCUGGAGAGCGUCUUGAGCGUCGUCAAGGCCGAGCGCGAGCGUUUCUUGCGUGAAGGUCCUACUCAUGCCGAUGCCGGCGUCAACGGCUGGGGCGACGGUGGAGAUAACCAGAGAGGUCAUUAUGGUGGAGACAGGCAGAGACGACAGGGUGGUGGUGGUGGUGGUGGUCGGAGAGGCGGUGGUGGCCAGUACCGUGAACAUCGUGAGCAGCGUGAGCAGCAGGGACCCAGAGAGGUCGAGGCUGUCGGUGGUGGAGAUUAG